UAAUCCCUCGUUUUGUGCCCUCUUCUUAUGCGCACUCACUUGACACAGAAAAACCCCUAAACCCUAGUCUCACAACACAAACUUCCACCCGCCGAGUACCACAACCCCCACACUCCCCAUACAAAACGGUGGAGUAAGACACCGAGAGGGAAAAGCGAUGGCUCUGUACGUGCUGUACGAGUCUGCUUCGGGAUACGGUUUGUUCUUAGCACAUGGGAUUGAUGAAAUCGGGCAGAAUACGGAGGCGGUUCGGAGCUCCGUUGACGACCUUAACCGGUUUGGGAAGGUGGUGAAGCUCGCCGCUUUUAGCCCCUACGAGUCUGCGCUUGAUGCUCUCAACCAGUGCAACGCCGUCUCCGAAGGUCAAAUGACUGAUGAGCUGAGGAACUUUUUGGAGCUUACUUUACCAAAGGUUAAAGAAGGUAAGAAGCCAAAGUUCAGUUUGGGGGUGGCAGAACCGAAGCUUGGAUCACAUAUUUAUGAAGUAACUAAGAUUCCCUGCCAGAGCAAUGAGUUUGUUCUUGAGCUUCUUCGAGGUGUGCGAUUGCAUUUUGAUCGGUUCAUUGAAAAUCUAAAGCCUGGUGAUUUGGAGAAGGCACAACUUGGUCUGGGUCACAGUUACAGCAGAGCAAAGGUGAAGUUCAAUGUGAACCGUGUAGACAAUAUGGUUAUCCAGGCUAUCUUUCUUCUUGAUACCCUUGAUAAAGAUAUCAAUUCCUUUGCCAUGAGAGUAAGAGAAUGGUACUCUUGGCACUUCCCUGAAUUAGUGAAGAUUGUCAAUGACAAUUAUCUGUAUGCCAAAGUUGCAAAAUAUGUGGAGGACAAAUCACAGUUGUCUGAGGACAAUUUAUCAGGCCUGACAGACAUAGUUGGGGAUGAAGAUAAAGCAAAGGAGAUCAUAGAGGCUGCCAAAGCAUCCAUGGGACAGGAUUUGUCGCCAAUAGACUUGAUUAAUGUCAAGCAAUUUGCACAAAGGGUGAUGGACCUUGCUGAGUACAGGAAAAAGCUAUAUGAUUAUCUGGUUGCCAAAAUGAAUGAUAUAGCACCUAAUUUGGCUGCAUUGAUUGGUGAAGUUGUGGGUGCACGUUUGAUUUCUCAUGCUGGUAGUCUAACAAACCUGGCAAAGUGUCCUUCUUCAACUCUUCAGAUACUUGGCGCAGAGAAGGCUCUCUUUAGGGCAUUGAAAACGCGUGGGAACACUCCAAAGUAUGGCCUUAUAUUCCAUUCUUCCUUCAUAGGCCGUGCAUCUGCUCGAAACAAAGGACGGAUGGCUCGCUAUCUUGCAAACAAGUGCUCUAUCGCCUCUCGAAUUGAUUGUUUCUUAGAGAAAAAUACAACUGCUUUUGGAGAGAAACUCCGUCAGCAAGUUGAGGAGCGGCUAGACUUCUAUGACAAAGGGGUCGCUCCUCGUAAAAACAUUGACGUGAUGAAAUCUGCGAUUGAAUCAGUUGACGGCAAAGAGGAUGAGCCUGCUGUUGCUGCUGUAAAUGGAGAAGAGAAUGAGGAGACUAAAACUGAGAAGAAGAAGAAAAAGGAGAAACGAAAGCUGGACGGAGAAGAAGAGCAGGAGAAGAAUGAUGUGAAUGGAUCCAAUGUAGAAGAUGGAACUGCAAAAAAGAAGAAAAAGAAGAAGAGUAAAGAUGAGAUCAUGGAAGAUGUACCCGCCGUCAGUGAAGGAAAAAAGAAGAAGAAAAAGAAGUCACGGACUGAAGACAGUGAGUAAGCUUGGCAAAGCUUACUAGUCGGAAGAAGGGAAGGUUAUUAUGUACUGUCUCUUGGCUCGAGCAUAAGUAAUUUAGCGGAUGUAUCGAACAUUUUGGAUAGUUGUAAGGAUAUUGUUUUUCUGUGCUGGUAUUCUAGUCUCCCAUUAUUAUAAGAUGAUACUGCUGUCCAUUAUUAUAAGAUGAUACUGCUGUGAUGAAUGGAAAUUUUGGCAUAUUUCUCAA